AAGAAAUCACGCUUAAUAUCACCUUGAUCUUGAGUCGGUUAAGUCGUUGUUGCUGCUAGGUUUCGGACGUCUGAUCCGAUGGUGAAACUGGUCAACAACAACCACAACGGAACGGAACCCGGCAAAUAACGUGUGGCCAGUGCGUGUGCGGUGCAGUGCAGCGUGCAAGUGAAACGACAAUUUUAAUUUCAUAUAUCGGCUGAAGUUCAGCCGUUAAAGUGCACUGGGUAAGAGAAGGUGGAGCUGGAAGAGCUAAUUAGCUCCCCCGCAGAAACAAAAUUGACUUAGUGAAAAAUAAAUUUUGGCAAAACGGGGAGUGGCGUUUUUGACACAUCCGAGUACUAACAGACCAAGUGGCCUUGUUUCGGCAAACAGUUUCGGUGUGGAAAGUGACUCGGAAGUUUCACCCCCUCGCGGAUAUCACGAGCGGAUCGACGAUGAUAAGGAGGCAGCCGUGGAUACAGCUGCUCCUGCUAGCCGCUACUAUCAGCAGCAGCAGUCUGGCAGCGGCUCUGCAGCCCGAGAAAGCGGAAAGCAAAGUGCCAGUGGAUGCUUCGGCGAUCGUGGAGAGCUUGCUAUGCGUAGUCAGAUCGAAUCCGUGGCAAUGCAUACGGCAACAGGCCAGCCGGAUGCUGGACAACUGGGAGGAUAUCCUGGAAAUAAAAAAGCACGAAAUGAUGAAUGAAGCCGAUAAGGAAGCACUGCAGCGCGCGGAAAACCGUGGCUUGACGGGAGACGGCAAGAAACCACUGAAGGUUAUCCCAUCCAACUUGAUCAAUCAAAUCGAGAAUGGUCUCGGAACGAUUACGGACUUCGUGUCGGAAGGCGUAGACGGUGUGGCGACGAGUAAAAAGCAGAAAUCCGAUGACGAAGUGGCUCGCCCGAAAAAGCACCUGCACCACAUCCUGAAACUAGGUAACACCGGAACGAAUGGCACCAACGGUCUAGCACGUUCCGCGGUCGGGUUCGACGAUGAGUUGACCGAUGGUUUGGUGGAUUAUGGAUUUGACGACGGGCCGGAGAAGGCUUACGGUAGAGGCAAGCAAGUUGGUGGCCCGGAUUCAGGUUACGGUGUUGAAAGUAGUCAUGACCUUGGAGCUACAGGUGGGUUCGAGUCCGAGGAGUCAGACGCCGAGAGAGAAGUCGGUCGCUAUGACGAUGGCGAGAGAGGCGGCGGAGGAUUCCGCAAACGGAAGGGAAAGAAGAGGAAGACCUACAUCAAGCUGUUCAUGCUGGGAGCAGCACUGAAGGGAAAGAUCGAGCUCCUGCUGAAGAUCCUCUCGUUCCACCUGCAGCUUAAAUUCUUCGCCAUCGCCGCCAUCGGUUUGCUGAUCAACAUCGCCCGUUUCUGGUUCGACAUCAAGAAGCAGCCACAGCCACAAAAAGUAAUCUACUACGAGCACGCCCAGCAUCAGCAUCAUUACGACGACCAUGGCGACGAAUGGAAUGGCGGUUAUUGGAAGCGCUCGCUUCAUGGGCUUCGUGACGAUGAUAAUGGCUACUAUUCCCAGGACCGAAACGAUCGUCUGGAGGAUGAAUAUCCCCACCAUCGACCGGUUCAGUACGCCCCGGUUCCCAACAGUCCCAACCACUACCCGUACGAUCCGCACAACUUGGCGUACCAUCAGCAGCGGCCAUACGCGUAAGACGGCGAUCGCCGUCCCUAGUGGAGCUCUCUGUCGCUCGUUUCGGCAUCUCGAGACGGCCGAAACCUGGCGGAGCAACCCGGAGCAAGCGGGUUCGCUACAGCCCAAAACAAGCAAUUUUUCAUCCAAACAUCCUUGUGUCAUUCACUCAUCCUUACCAUCAUUCGUAUGUACAAAUUUAAUAAAGCCAGUCGCAAUCGUUAUAGCACAGUUCAACCAAAUACGGCGCGGUUGAGUGAGAAAAAACGCGUUGUAGUUCUUUGUUGUCAUAGCUUUAGUUUACCAGGAGCGCAAUCCGCAGGCACUUCCGGUAAACUAUUUGUUGUAAUAAUUUAUUUAUUUAUAUAUUUAAUAAUUUAUUUAUUGUGUAUUUAUUUGAAUGAAAUGAUUUAGGCUGGCUUUAGCUGCGAAAGAAAGUAUUGUUAUGAAAUUUUCAAUUAUAAUAGAAUGAAUUUCUUGAUUAAAAAUAAAUCUCUAAAAAACAUA